UCUGCAUCUCUCUGUCUCCAUACUACUACUGGUAGCACAUCUGUUCCGAAUCAGUAACAUGCUAGCCUAUGUUCGUGUAACAACAACCAUUGUAACUACUCUACUACAAACAGUGAGAGGAUUCACGAAGAGGGUAGUGCUGAACCCAGGUCGUUCUUGACAGCUCGCAGUGCUACAGAAAAACGCCAGAGCAGCGGGCAAUUAUCAGCUCAGCAAGUGCGACCCAGAAAACAACGUUGAAUCAGUUCUCAAUUGACAAUUUAGCUUUUAGCCCUUUACAACGAUUGUUAAUUAGAGUGAACUCUAUAUUCUCAAUCCUCGAUGGACCACAUGUGCUCUAGUGGGUUUUUAUCCGUCUCAGAGGGUGCUGUGUAAGGGUUUCAAAAAUGAAGUGUUGCUGCUGCCUUCAAAAAUAGAAACGACAUGUGUUCGCGGGACGUUGUUGGUCAUUGCUCGAAAAAUAUUGUGGAACAUUUGUAAAUAAAAGGGUGUUCUAUAGGUCCAAGUUCUCCAGGUCUUCUGACACUUCCUUUGCCUCCCCUUGCCAAGCCAGCAACAAUUCGAUAUGACUGUGAUUGUGGGGAGUGAUCUGGGGGAAGCAUCCCCAUUUACGGGGAGCAAUCACGAUAUCAAAUCCUCGUCAAGUGGUUCCCGGACCCGGCUGAAGCGAGAACUGGGACUUCUUGAUGGGUGCUCCAUCAUCAUAGGCAUCAUAGUCGGGUCUGGUAUCUUCGUGUCACCUAAGGGAGUGCUUCAAAAUGUGGGCUCCGUCGGGAUGUCGUUAUUUGUAUGGGUGGCCUCGGGUUUGCUCUCUCUCAUAGGAGCGAUUUGUUACGCUGAAUUGGGUACGAUGAUUCCCCAAUCGGGAGGAGACUACGCGUACAUUUACGAAGCGUUUGGCGAUUACCCUGCGUUUUUGUAUCAAUUUGCCGCCUUACUUGUGAUAAUGCCCGCGGGGAGCGCUAUCACCGCCCUUACAUUUGCCAGUUACGUGCUCCAGCCCUUUUGGCCGGAAUGUGACCCGCCUGUGGAUGCUGUGCGUCUCAUAGCCGCGAUUCUAUUGGCUGGGCUAACCGCGCUCAAUUGCUACAACGUCAAAUCCGUGACCAAAAUUCAGGACGUGUUCUCAGCCAUGAAGAUUCUGGCCUUGCUCACUAUUAUAUUAAGUGGCGUUGUGUGGUUAAGUUUAGGCCAUUUGGAGAACUUGAAGACGCCCAUGAAGGACACAGAUUAUUCACCUGGGCAUGUGGCCUUAGCAUUCUACUCGGGAAUCUUCUGUUUUGCUGGUUGGAAUUACUUGAACUUUGUCACGGAAGAAAUGAAGGAUCCCAAUCGAGAUCUUCCACGAGCCAUUUACAUCACCAUCCCUUUCAUAACGGUCAUCUAUCUGUUAGCUAACUUGGCCUAUUUCGCUGUCUUAUCCCCGCUGGAAAUCCUCAGUUCCAAUGCCGUGGCAGUGACUUUUGGUAAUCGCCUCCUGGGAUCCAUGGCUUGGAUCAUGCCAUUCUUUGUCGUCUUGUCCACAUUCGGUGCGGUGAAUGGAGGGAUCUUUGCCGCAUCCAGGGUGUUCUUUGUGGGUGCCCGUAAUGGUCACAUGCCCCCGGCCAUGGCCCUCAUCAGCAUUCACACGUAUACACCCAUUCCUUGUCUCAUCAUUCUGGGUUUCAUAUCAAUCCUGAUGCUGAGUAGUGAUAAUGUCUACAUUCUGAUCAACUACACCUCCUUCAUGGAAUCGCUUUUCGUUACGAUAUCCGUGGCUGGCCUGCUGUACUUGCGAUGGAAGGAACCCAACCGAGAAAGGCCCAUCAAAGUUCAUUUGUUCUACCCCAUCGUGUUCUUAGUCCUAUGCGGCUUUCUGGUCUUGCUACCCGUUUAUGUGUCGCCGAUUUUAGUUGGAGUGGAUAUCAUGAUAUUGAUUCUGGGAUCCUUGUUCUACCUGAUCUUCAUCAAAUGGAAAUCUAAGCCCAGAUUCUUCGUUAAAUUUUUCAAUUCAUUCGAUCUCAUCAUCCAACAACUAUUCUUGGGCGUUUUGGAGGAGCAUGAAGAGUGAUGGAAAUCAUUCUUGCCAUCAUCAAAUUGUUUUUCAUUUGUUUUUUUAAAGAAAAACCAACCUAUUUGUAUCACA